GACCAAGGGGCGAUGAUGGUUUGACCCAGUAAGUGCACCAACCAAAUAUGCGUAUCAUUUGCCGAACCAGAUGGUAUCAUCUGAUCGAAAUAGUCCCACGUCUCUAACAAUGUAAGAGCUGCAGACAUGUUGUCACAUGCACACAUGCAUAUUUCCUCUGCGUAAUGUACUCUUUUUUUCUCUAUCUCUAUCGCUGUGUAACUUCAUAAUCGACCAACAAUUUUUUCUCUCUUCUUCCCAGACUUUUUUUUCCAUUUUCUUUUUUUUUUCUUCUUUUCUUGUGGGCUAAUAUACGGGCCGGCGCUGCAAUUUCUGAAUCUGCCCUUCUCGUAUAUGGCGGACGAAAUUUCCUCAAGAGGAACCGCAACACGAAACUGCGCGAGGCGAAGACGGAGAGCCUGCACGGAGUGGUGCGAGCGUCGGCAAAAAAAAUAAAAAAAUAGGAUUCAUCACGCCAUCACACUUUUCUAAAAUUUGUGCAGUCACCUCUGGGCGGGGAGGGAAUAUUUUCUGGAGCGGGGAGCCAGUUUCGCAUGAGCUGCAUCGUUUUUGGAGAAGCACAGGCUCAGAGGAGGUGGAGUCAUGAGUGCGCAAGAGGCAACCAACCCCGGGAAGGAGCAGGCGGACGGCGCGGGUGCGGAAGGCCCCUCGCCAAGCGUAGCGCCGAGGACCAAGACGGCGAGUCCACCAACCGUCACAAUAAAGAGAGAGCCCGGCACCUCGAAGACGAGUAACGGGAGAGUUGGCGAUGCCAAACCCGCUGAGAUCUGUGUUGUCAUUGGAGGAAAUGAUGGAGGAGCGAGUGGAGGUGGAUCCCGUAGAUCUCAGACCGAGGGUAUGUUUGCCCUUGGUACUCCUCCUCCAACGAAGAGCACAGACUCAUGCAUAGGUUCCUAUGUGUGCGGGGUGUGUGGGAAGAAGUACAAGUAUUAUAACUGCUUUCAGACCCACGUCAGGGCCCACAGAGAAUCCGAUAAUAUGGUUGCAGAUGGCCUCCCCCAGACACCAAACAUCUUGUCUCCUCACUGUAGCCGCCUUCCCAUAGGUGACAUCCUAAUUCCAGAUAGCUUCCGUUACUCCUGUGACAUCUGUGGCAAGAAGUAUAAAUAUUACAGCUGCUUCCAGGAGCACCGUGACCUGCAUGCAGUUGAUGAUCCAUAUGAACAGGUAGUGUUACCUGUGGAUGGCCUUAAAGAGGAGGAGCCAGUUGAACCCUACCAGAAAAUUGGACCAAAAACUGGAAGCUACGUCUGUGAGUUCUGUGGAAAGCAGUACAAGUAUUUUAACCCGUACCAGGAGCAUGUGGCACUUCACACGCCAAUGGGCUCCUUCGAUUUGAAGACAUCUCGGGUACAGGAGUGUGCUAGUAUGGAUAGGAGUAAAUUUGGCCAGAGCCAAACUGGCAAGAUCAAAAACAGUCCGUUCAGGCGGAAACUGGAAAGUGCAAUUCAGUCCAGUCUGGUUGACACAAACAGUUCGCAGAAUUCAAGCGGAACUCCGAGCCCUCUGGUGGCCAGCAACUUCUCUACAACUCAGAAACCCUACACUUGUGGUGCCUGUGGCAUCCAGUUCCAGUUCUACAACAACCUGCUGGAGCACAUGCAGUCCCACGCUGCGGACAAUGAGAACCACACAAAGGAGGAGUCUCCUAAAACCUCCUCGGCCUGCGGCCCUCAAGAGCAGCUGUGGAGGAGCUCUCAGGCUCAGGCCCUUUCCCCAGUCAAGCUACAAAUUCAGCCUCAGAGCAUCCCCCAGAGAAACCACACAGUCAGCCAGAAUAACGGACUCCCCGAGAAGGAGCGGCAGCAGGUUGCUGAGCGCCUCCUACGGGUCAUGUGCUCCGAUCUGAGCAUGUUGAACGUGCUCAACAGCAAGGACUUCCUGAAAUUGGCGCAGACCUUGGUGGACACUGGCGCUCGCCACGGCGCCUACUCCACCCGCGAUGCCUUUGGCAACAUGAGUGCCUUGGCACUGCGUCAGCUGCCCCGCAUGUACAACCAGAUCAAAGUCAAAGUCACGUGCGCUCUCGGCUCCAACGCCUCGCUCGGCAUCGCCGUCACCUGCCACUCCCAGGCGUGCGGCCCGGAGGCCUGCUACGUCCUCACGGCCUACCAGGUGGAGGGCUCGAGACUGAGGCGCUAUGUGCUCGGCGUGCGGGAGGCCGAGCUGAGGGAAGGUCCCGAGCAGAUCCAACACUGGGUGCAGAACGUGCUGUCCGAGUUCGUCAUGUCGGACAUCCGCACCGUGUACGUCUCCGAGCCCAAGGUGUGGGCGGCCGGGCUGGCGGGUUCCCCGCUCGGCGGCGGGGGCCGCGGCAGGAUAUGCCUGCGCUGCGCCGGCUGUUCGCUCGGCGCCGUCGUCCAGGCCGUCCUCGGGAAGCGCAGCCUGCAGGCCCGGGGCCUCCACGAGCUGGUGGAGCUCCUCUCGACGUGCCGGGACAUCGCCGCCUCCGCCUCGCUGUCCCUGCGGGAGGAACAUGGCGGCAAGACGUCCGCCAGCGCGACGGAGGACGGCGGCCCCGCGCAGAGCCCCACCCCUCCGUGCUGGGAGCGUACGGCGGAGGCCCUCCUGCAGGUCCACGCCCACUUUGAACAGAUCUGUGAGGCCUACGGACGCAGUAAGACCACGGCGCCCCUCCUGCAGGGCCUCAACAAGCAUCUGCUAGGUACGCUGUCUUGCCUGCUGGCUCCCCUGCGUCUGGCAGCGCUGGAGCUGAGCAGCCAGAGGAGGCCGACCUUGCAGCAGGUGCUGCCCGUGUACCUUCGCCUGGAGAAGUUUUUCACGUCCAAAGCGGGGGAGGCGGGAACCGGCACGGCCAGCAAACUCUGCCACUACUUCCUAGAAGCAAUUAAAGAACAUUUCAAGGUCGAACGCGCCCACCAGGUGGCCAUGAUCCUCGACCCGCAGCUCAAACUGUGCUCGGUGCCGGCUUACCAGCACGAAGACAUAGUCUCCUGCGCGUGUGAAAUGGCUGCCGAGACCCGGGACGGAGGCAUGACCGGAGGCUCGGGCGGUGAAGAGCGGGACGCGGACUGCCCUCCGACCCCGAAGAUAAGCCGCAUAGAGGGAGGGGGGAACAACAACAACAACAACGGCGGCACCUCACGGGGGUUCUCCUCGUCCUGCACAGGGUCCGGUAACGACGAGAGCCAGGUGCAGGUCAAGCAAGAGCUCUUUCAAUACCUAGCCGAGCCUCUUCUCCAAGGCUCACCCGACCUCUUUCAGUACUGGGGCUCCGCAGUGAACGAGAAGUUCCCCCGGCUUUCUCGCCUGGCCAUGUGGCUCCUCGCCGUGCCCGCCGUGGGCAUCCGCAGUGAGUGCGCCACUGUCUGCGAGCAGAGCCUGGCCAUGAAGAGGAGGCAGCAGGUGACCUCCGAGGAGAUGAACAAGCUCAUUUUCCUCCGCUCCAAUAUGGGCUAGGAGAGAGAGACUCGACCAAACCUUCACCUCCAACCGAUGACUGAAGACUAUUUAUAUACUGUAGGCUUAGACCAACUGUAAACUGAUGUGUCCAAUACUUCUCAAGACAGGUAUUCAGACGAAACUCACAUUGUACAGGUAACAAAAACUCAUAAAACAAUCGGGUUAGUACAGUUGUUAUUGAGAAAGGUUGUCGUUAAGUACUGUGGACAAAAUGUAGGGGUGGAACGGUAAUUCAAAAGCUUGGUACGCCACUCGCGUUUUGGGAUGCACAUCCGUCACGUCUCAUCAAUGCCAGCGAUUUGGAAUGACUUCCAUCUAAUGAAUGAACUGCUAAUAGGCUUUAACGCUGUUGCUCUUACUGGAUGACGUCGGUUUCUGGUAAAAGUCUCCAGCUUUUUUGCUGCUUGAAACUACUGUCAUCGAACUCCCGAAAACAUAAACCGUUAUUUACUUCGGGCCUGACCCUUAACAGUCGAUUGUGCGACAAUUCAGUACAAGAAGCCGGAUUGGACUGCUCUUUGUCAGUCCAAAUCGGAGCAGUGACUGCAAAAUGUGGCAAUGAAAUAGAGGAUCUUUCAUACAAAAACAGAACUCUGAGGAUCAUGUAUAUUCAUGAACGUUCUCCAAAAUCAACUUGGAAACCGGUGUUAGCAGCGCUACAACAAGUGUUGGCGUUGUGGGUCUCUGGAGAAUUCCUCCUGGCUUUGCCCUCUUCUUUUCUGUCUGUUGAUGUGGAAAAUGUAAUUGCGACCGAAAAGUUGUAUUUACAGGCUCAAACACCAAGUGGAUGAGAAACUGUUUCUCUCUCUCUCUGUUGAUCUCCACAAGAACAUGAAUCUCAGACAAUACAUCAUCAGUCAUUUUUCACGUCAAGUUAAAAGAGGAAUCGAUAAGCAAGAAAAAAAAGACACAAUUUGACUAUCAGUCAACAUCCAUCUACUGUCAGCCAUCACAGAAUAUUAUUUUUCCGAUAUAAAUUAUUAAUACUUUUGAAUUUAUUAUUCUUUCCUCAUUCAUCAUUUUAACACAUCUCGUCUUAUUUAUGUGAACUAGACGUUUUCGUUUAAAAAGCAAUAAGCUUUAUCAUAGUUUCCAACUUUAUCUUUUGAAAAUGGCCUCAUGACACUCCUGGUUAAUAUUAAUGAAGAAAAAAAAAUCUUUGAAAAAAAACAGGAUUUUCUCAGGAAUGAGCGCACCCAAGCAGGCACCGCCACUUUCUCCUCACUUUACCGGAAACACACCAAACUAUCCUCAAUGCCGAAGUAUGUACCGGGCCGUGGCUUUUGUGACACGUUCCACCCCAAAUGCAGUUAGUGCCAUUUGCAACAAAUAAAUGCAUCACUGAGGGUUUCUGAUUUCCAGGAUAAAGAAAAGUCUGCCAGUAUUGAUGAAAAUCCACUUGUUUUAUUUAGUUAUACAUUUCAGUAGCUAAUACCCCCCGAUGUGACUCUGCUGAAUGGAGGUUGUACUGUAAAUGGGUUUGUUUGUUGCCUUUGGUUCUACAUUUGUCAGGUACUAGUUUUUCAUCUGUGUUUUGGGGCCUUAAGUCUCGAACCAACAUCCUGCCUCUGUGUUGCUGUUCAAUGGCCUUCUUUUCACCAUGCUUGCUCAAGCUUGUGGUUUUCUUGACUCCGGCAGACUCGUGGGUGGAAACGGUGUCCUCUAAUGGACAAACGGGGGACUUAAAACAAAUCGAAGACAACUGGUAAUUCUAGAAGCGCUGUGUCCCAAAGUACAAGUCAUCUGUCGGUCUGGCAAAUGGGCGAGGAGCCAAUUCCAACCACAACAACACGCCCAAGCACAAGCGUCCUCUGUAUGAAGCGGGCCCGCUCAGGCCUUCAUUGGGGGCCCGUCAGAGUGGUGAGAUCCAUCAUUACGGAUUCGGUCGAAUGGGACUCGUAUGGAUUUUGUUCAGCAGGCUGCAUCACACUACUUGAGUCGCAAUUGAAAUAUUUAACACACAUGGUCGUGCUUUAAAAACAUCCAACUGUAGAGAAACGGGAUCUAUGUUUACGUGUUUUUCAGCUUCAGGCCCCAGUACAACGUUAAAGUCACAUUACACCCAACGGCGUUUACUCUGGAAUUGGACAACUUCAAGCAUCCAUCAUCCAUCAUAUCUGAGUCCACAGACUCUUUUUGUCCUAUUCCUCACCUGUGGCACCACUUUGUUGUGUGCAUCCCCACACUGAUGGACGUCCCCCUCACAGAGCGUUUACAGUUAGUGACCCACGUUUAUUUAUGGCCCAGGUUGGAAUUGUGACCGGUCCUCUCUUGAGGUCGGGUGUGGGGCAGUUUUGAGAAACACGACUGCACCUUUUUAGUCUGUAAGGACCCAGAAUUUACUGUUGAUGAGUCUUUACACUGCGCAUGGAAAUUUGUGAGUGAAGAGUUUAAAAUGUAAAACAAAGAACAGACAGGUCUCGUUUAAUUUGAGAAUGUGUUAAAGUCCACCUGUAUGCAGUUGUGUACAUUUUCAUGAAUAACACACAUUUAUUAUAAAUGCAUUAAGGGUUAAACAUGCUUACGUCGUGCGUGUCCAUCUAAGGUGAAUGGCUUUGCAUUGCGUCAGGUUGAUUUUAGUAGACUGUUGCCCUCCUCACUGGGAUUAUCGGCUUUGUUUUUAUUGUUCCAUAAAUGCUUUCAUCUUCUUUCAAAGAGUGGUUGAAGAGCACGGCUUCGCUGCCCUCUGGUUGAACGUUUCCCGCCCGUUGUCCACGUGAUGGAUGGAUGGAUGUGAUCAGAAAUGUGUGGUGUUGCACUUCUAACCGCAUGCAGUGGUGAUGUCAUGAGGAGUCGCUGCGUUCAGAUGAGAAGUUAAACUACUAACGUUUUCAGGUUGCUCUUUGGUGGUUUCUUGAACAGUCUGUUCCAUUUUUUUGCAUUACGCUUCUUGUAAAGAAGUUUUUUUUUUUUUUUAGUUCACAUUUAAACACUCAUCUGUUUUUGGGGAGAAUUACUUGAUUCAGUGUAUCCGAGACACAGUUUCAUUGUGACAGUCUUUAUCUAUAAUACUGUUGUACGACUGAUUUACUUCACACAUUUAUAUUUUGGUAAAAGAAAAAAGGUUGGGAUAAAUUAUAUUUAAAAUCUUUAUUUUUUAAGAACCAAUUCAAUGUUUUACCUCAGUAUUCAGAAGGUAAUGUUGUAAUUUAAAGGUUGAAAGUUAGACAUUCAUACAAAAUUGAGCUUUGGUCUAAUAUAGUCAAAAUACUGUACAUUAGUUUGCGGUAUUAGAAGUGAACCCGAAUUGAACUGACAAAUUUUUCUUACAUGUUUUUAAAUAAGUAUUUUAAAUAGGACAUGCUCUGGGACAAAAUGCCAUUGUCGACGUAACAAUGUCAACAUGAUUUAACUUGGACAUGAAACUGUUUUUGUUGAUUAAAUGAUAACUAUAUCUAAGAUAUGCAUGCUUUUAAUAGAGUACUGAUAUAUAAAGUUACAGCCACAUUAUUCACUUCCAAAUGAGGUGAGACACGGGCUCAUGAGUAGACGCUACCGGAGGACACUCGACAGUCAGAUGGGCGACCGGGACUGAAUUUGAAACCUUUCGAGGUGGGACAAGCAAUGCUGAAAGUACGUUGGUGUUUAUGGGUUCACAUCCUCCGUUUUCACUGGAUGUGUAAUGUAAAUACAAGAGAACUGCUGUUUUAUGCCACAAGGGGGAGCCUUCAUUUCAGAGAUUCUGUAGGGAACACCAAUAACAUUAUACCUCUAUUUUCUACAGUAGCAUUUCAAAAGGUUUUUGAUAUAAUAGAAAACUCAACUAAGAUACUGUUAUUAGAACGUUUAAAUCAGCUGUAAGUUUUGUUUCAGGAAUUUUAACUUAUUCAAGAUAAGAAUUGUAAAAUACAGUAUGAGAAUGCAAACAUGGAGACAUUUUCUGUUUUAACCAUGGAUUAUACUCUAUUAUCAAUUCAGGUUAAGAAAUGAGUGUUGCUUUCACCAUAUUUUACAGGCUAUUCUUUUUAUACUCUGCUUAAAAGCAAAAAAUGGUUUGCGUCUAUUCUGUUUUUAAUGCACUUUGAGAGCAGAUACCUGUGUAGCUUCAGAUCUGAGUUGUCUUAUUAGUAAGCCUAAUUUAUACUUUUGUAGUAACGCUAUUUUUAUAAAAUGGAGAAGAAAGGGUUCAGUGUCUUUUUUUUUCUUUUGUUGUUUCUGUGUCAUAUGUGGCAGCGCUGUUUAGUGUUUCUUGAAUACAUUACCCACUGUAGUAUGUGAUGUGUGAAUAAACUCCAAAUCUGGGUCAGCA